ACUGCACCGACAUUUUGAAGAGUGACCCGUCGAAGCUGCUCAGACUCUCAGCUUGUGCAGACCAACAGUCAGCGAUGCUGCACUACUCAGCAGCUGGAGGUGCUCCGAAGAUGUCGCUGACUCGGACAGUGGCAACGUGCGUUGGCGACGUGGAUGCCGCUUCCUCCUUUAAGUGGUUGCGAGGAAUGUGGACACCCCUGGAGCCGAGGGUGACGUGGCAGUGAACUCCUCAUCAUCCGCCCACAUCGUUGCCAAAAACGAGGUCACCUCCCAGGCUUGGAGCAUCUCUCUGGCCUGGACCAGACUCAGGACGAGCUCCUAAGCCAAGAGGAUCUGUAACAGCUCUAGACUGCCGCGAAAAAUAGCCUACAUGGUACCUAAUCCCACUGACCUUGUCCAUGUGUCCGAGACAUCAGAAACACGCAUCUACAGGCUCAAGAGAAUCUUCUGAUCAGUUUGUGUUGUUAAUGACAGCAGACUGCUACAGAUUUCAGACCAACAAGUGAGAUUCUGCUGAGGAAAGUUUCUGCACACGUCCACCUUUCUGAAAAUGGCCUUACAUCAACAAAGAAGACAGAGCAUGGACUCAAUGCAAGACUUUUCUUUAUCUCAGAGCUGCACAGGAACUGAAGAGACAUCACCCUUUGGACAAGACCACUCUGGGACAAACAUUUCAGCCAAAUACAAAGACAUCAUCUCUAAAGAUAAUGUAAUCCAAUUAGGAUCUCCUGCUGUCUACCACCUGAGAACAAAGAAACAGGAGUUUGGAACUCUGACAAGAAUGACUGUUGGUGAAAAAAAUCCAAACAAGACAAAUAAAACCAUCUUACUUUUGGGAGAAACAGGAGCUGGAAAAUCUACUAUGAUUAACGCUCUGCUCAACUACGCCAUGGGAGUGAAGUGGGAGGAUGAAGUCUGGUUUCAGAUUGUAGAGGAGGAGGAGAAUAAUCAGGCAGGCAGUCAGACAUCAGAUGUGAUCGUGUACGAGAUCUUUGGUUUUACAGAUGAAACUCUGCCCUACUCUCUGACCAUCAUCGAUACUCCUGGAUUUGGAGACACAAGAGGGACUGAACGAGAUGAUGAAAUCAUUCUAAGAUUAUUUGACUUGUUUCGAUCAGAGGAUGGAGUUCAUGAAGUUCAUGCAGUGGGUCUGGUGAUGAAGGCGAGUGAUAAUCGACUGAAUGACCGACUGAUGUACAUCUUUGAUGCAAUGAUGUCACUGUUUGGAAAAGAAGUGGAGGAAAAUAUUGUAUCUCUCAUCACACACUCAGAUGGUGGGACACCGAAAAAUGUUCUUCGGGCUCUUGAAACUGCAAAAAUUAAAUGUGCCAAAAAUGAUAAAAACCAGCCUGCUCACUUCCUGUUUAGUAACAGACAGAAUGAAGAGAGAACAGAGGAAGAAGAGCAUAGUUUGAAGUUUGCAUGGCAAGUAACAGAGAAGGGAAUGAAGCAAUUCAUAACCUUUCUGGAAAGCUCUAAAUCUCAAAAUAUGAAGAAAACAGUUAAAGUGCUGAAUGAACGAAUGAGACUGACAGCCUGUAUCCAAAACCUGGAAGUGAGAAUUGAACUGGCUGAACUGAAACAGACAGAAAUCAGACAGAUUCAAGAAGCUCUGAAGAAACAUGAAAAAAAGAUGAAGAAGAAUCAAGAGUUCACUGUAGAAUUUGAUGAGGUCUACAAGGAUAAAGAACCCAUUGAUGGAGGGAUGCGGUGGUUGUUUUUUUAUGAAGGAGCCGUCUGCUGUACUCAAUGUGAGGAGAACUGUCACUAUCCUGGAUGCACAAUGGCCUGGAAACCUGAACACUGUGAGGUCAUGGAAGGAGGCUGUUGCACUGUUUGUACCAACAAGUGUCCUGCAUCAGAUCAUGUGAAAGAAAAGUGGAUCUAUAUUCCUAAAACAAGGAAAGUUCAGAAGACUGUGGAAGAAAUGAAAAUGAAGUAUGAUGAGAAUAAAUCAGAAAAUGAGAAAAAGUUGAGUCUUUUGGAAAAUCUUGAAAAGGAAAUGAACCAACUGACAGCAGAGAAGUCAGAGUUCCUGGAUGAGUCCUACCAACAUGUUGUCAGACUGGAGCAGAUCGCUCUGAAAGCUGAUUCAGCGUCCACUAUUGUCCACUUGGACUUCCUGAUUGAGAAGAUGAAGGAGGAAGGAGACACAGAGAAGGUCCAGAAACUGGAGGAGAUGAAAAACAGAGUGGAUGAAAGAACCAGAGCAGCAGUGCAGUACAAGUUUGGUAAAACAUGUUUAGAAAUGAUGUAAGUGACUAAGGUGACUAUGAGCAGCCAGACAACAAAAAUAUUGAAUUCUAACUCUGACAGACAGGAAUACAAUUUACCGUAUCUUUCGGACCAUAAGGUGCACCGGAUUAUAAGGCACAUUAAGCGAAACAAAACAGUCAGAUAAGUCAAACUUUACUCAACUCAUUCUUCUUGCUUCCUCCACUUCCGUAUUAUUGAUUCAUU